AAUUUUAAGACAAGUAACAUUAGUAUAUAAUAACGAUCAAGUAUGCGACUUUACCCGAUCAUGAUUUCACUCACGUUAAUCCCACCGCUUGGUCCACUUCCCAAUAAUACAAUAAUAGCAAAGUCGACAAUUUUGAUUGCACUUUCUUUAUAAUUCAGAAGAAGAAACAUUCAUUGAAACUGCACUCCAAGUGUUCGAUCAUUUGCUUCUGUAGCAAUUAUUUUCUUCAUAUAGAGAAUUUGAUUCUAAAUCAUGGCAAACAAGCCUCAUGUCACCAUGGAGAUUGGAAACGACGGCGUUGCAGUCAUCUCCAUGUCCAAUCCUCCCGUUAACGCCUUAGCUAUUCCAAUUAUUUCGGGGUUACGGGAGAAGUUCGAUGAGGCUACAAGAAGAGAAGACGUUCAAGCUAUUGUUUUGACUGGCAAGCAUGGGAGGUUUUGUGGUGGUUUUGAUAUCAGUGUUAUGCAAAAGGUUCAUCAGACUGGGGAUGCUUCGAUUCUUCCUGACGUUUCUGUAGAUCUUGUGGUCAAUUUAAUUGAAGAUUGCAAGAAGCCUAUCGUUGCUGCUGUUGAAGGGCUAGCUCUUGGAGGUGGCUUAGAAUUAGCGAUGGGAUGCCAUGCGCGUGUUGUUGCACAGAAAACUCAACUUGGGUUGCCUGAGCUGAGUCUUGGAAUAAUUCCUGGGUUUGGAGGUACACAACGUCUUCCAAGGCUUAUAGGACUGCCAAAGGCUAUUGAGAUGAUGCUGUCAUCCAAACCAAUCACGGCUGAAGAAGGGAAGAAACUAGGGCUUGUUGAUGUUAUUGUGCCUUCUCAAGAACUGCUGAAAGUAGCUCGGCAAUGGGCUUUAGAAAUCAAGGAAAGGCGCAAACCAUGGAUGCGCUCUCUUCAUAGGACAGACAAGCUCGGUUCCUUGUCUGAAGCGCGUGAAAUACUGAAAGUUGCCAGACAACAGGCAAAGAAGACUGCCCCGAAUUUGCCACAACAUCAGGCAUGCCUUGAUGUGAUUGAGGAAGGUGUUGUUCAUGGAGGAUAUAAUGGAGUUCUAAAGGAAGCAAAAGUAUUUAAAGAGUUAGUCGUAUCAGACACAGCCAAAGGUCUUAUUCAUGUGUUUUUUGCCCAACGUGCAACAUCAAAGGUGCCUAAUGUCACUGAUGUUGGGCUCAAACCGAGGCAAAUAAAGAAGGUUGCUGUCAUUGGUGGAGGUUUAAUGGGUUCUGGCAUAGCUACAGCUCUUCUUGUGAGCAACAUUUAUGUUGUUCUAAAAGAAAUUAACCCUGAUUAUCUUCAGAAAGGGAUAAAGAUUAUAGAAGGAAAUCUUCGAGGCCUUGUGACAAGAAGGAAGUUGACACAGGAUAAGGCAGACAAAGCCCUUUCAAUGCUCAAAGGUGUACUGGACUACUCAGAUUUCAAAGAUGUGGAUAUGGUCAUAGAGGCAGUUAUUGAGAGUGUUCCUUUGAAGCAAAAGAUUUUUAGUGAAAUUGAGGAAGUCUGCUCUUCUCACUGCAUCUUGGCCACAAAUACAUCUACCAUUGACCUCAAUUUAGUUGGAGAGAAAACCAGUGCUCAAGAUCGCAUAAUAGGUGCACACUUUUUCAGUCCUGCUCAUGUAAUGCCUCUUCUGGAGAUUGUACGUACGCAAAAGACUUCUGCUCAGGCAAUUCUUGAUCUCAUGACAGUUGGAAAAUCUAUUAAGAAAGUUCCUGUUGUGGUGGGAAACUGUACCGGCUUUGCAGUCAACCGCACUUUCUUCCCGUAUGCACAGGGUGCACAUCUCUUAGCCAAUUUAGGUGUGGACGUGUUCAGAAUUGAUAGGGUGGUCUGCAAUUUUGGCCUUCCUUUGGGCCCUCUACAGCUUCAGGAUUUAGCUGGAUAUGGAGUUGCUGUUGCAGUGGGAAAAGAAUUUGCUACUGCAUUUGGUGAUCGCACUUUCCAGUCUCCAUUAGUUGAUCUUUUAAUUAAGAGUGGAAGAAAUGGUAAAAACAAUGGAAAAGGAUACUACAUUUAUGAAAAGGGAAGCAAGCCCAAACCUGAUCAUUCAGUGCUACCAAUCAUUGAGGCGUCUCAGCGGCUCACCAAUAUUAUGCCUAAUGGAAAGCCAAUCAGCGUUACUGACCAAGAGAUCUUGGAGAUGAUUUUCUUCCCAAUAGUGAAUGAAGCAUGCCGUGUUCUGGAAGAGCAAGUGGUGGUUCGAGCAUCAGAUCUCGACAUUGCAUCUGUUCUGGGAAUGAGUUUCCCAUCUUAUCGCGGAGGUAUUGUUUUCUGGGCGGACACAGUUGGACCCAAGCAUAUAUAUACGAGUCUGAAGAAAUGGUCGCGGUUAUAUGGUAAUUUCUACAAACCAUCAAGAUUUUUGGAGGAAAGAGCAUUGAAAGGCAUACCACUGAGUGCCCCAGUUUCAUCAUCUCCGGGAUCAAGAUCGCGAAUGUAGACUCCGAUGUAGAAUCCGGUUCCCGGAUUAAAUUGGAUUCAGAAGGAAUAAAAAUAAUUGUUGUAUGCUUUCUGUACUGUAAUAAAUCCAAAGCAGUACUAGUGUGAUUUCAGAUUUCCAUAGGCAAGAAGAGAGGUCUUUGUAUUUUGUAGAUUACAAUUUUUGCUUCUCUGUUCUAAUAUUACAUGAAAUAAAUAAAUUUAUAAAAAUUAUUAAUUGUUCCA